AUGGCUUCACUUGGCCUCGCGCUCCGAACUGAUGUUGGUCGGGCACUUUUGAUGUUCGCUGCCAUGCUUGGGGACACGAAGAUCGGGGCGACGCGACCAACGAUUCAAGGCUGGUUCGGCCAAGGACUUGAAGGACCCGACCUCCUCCGAGCCGCAGCAACCGGCCAAGCCGACGGCGCAAAGCUGCUCUCGAAGGUCGGGGCGGUGCAGGACUCCUUGUCCGCGCCGGCUUUCAGGAGCAGCUCCAGGCACCCGAAGUGGCCAUUUGCGGCAUCGCGGAGCUCCGUCUGGCGCAGAGGCACGGAGUGCUUGCUCCUCAUGGGCUCCGGCUUCCUUGUCUAA